AUCGAAGCUGUCAUGGAGCAAAUGGUCGAUGCCUUGCUGAACGACAAGAGUGACAUCUGUAUCGCUCUUAAGACAAGACGCACAAACUCUCCCAAAAAGUCGUCGAAACAGAACGAUGGAGAAUCCAAAAAUAUCAAACUUCCCGGCAGGACGCUCCGCUUCCCUGGCAGGUCCGAAGAUGAAGCCUGGAGAUUCGCUGUGGUUCUUCGAAUCAUGGAGCUUCUGCACGAAGCACUCCGCAACGACGUGGUCAUCUCAAAAAGCAGAGACAUGUUCUAUCGAGAUCCUGCUCUAUUUGGUAGCCAGAAACAUGUGGACCGAUACGUAGAUGACAUCGCCUUUACCUUCGGUGUUCCUCGGUCUACGCUCAAUGUCACCGCAGCCGCCAAAGGACUCUUUGCUGGUGCCUUUGAGUUGUGUCGCAGAGAUGGAUCCGUUAUUGAUGCCAGUGAGGAUCAAGAAGGCACUUUGAUUCCGUCUCUGAAGGACAUUCUCAGCGUCAGCAUGUCUAAGGUCAAGUGGAUUUUGGUCAUCGAGAAGGAAGCAACAUUUCGAUCUAUCGCUGGCUCUGAGCUCUGGAGCACCAUUAUUCGCCAAGGCAUCAUCAUGACGGGCAAGGGCUACCCGGACCUGUCAUCUCGCGCCAUGUUGCGAUUCCUCAGCAGGCCAUCCCUGCAGAAUGGCUUUUCUUCGCCGCUGGUGUAUGGUCUCGCGGACUUCGACCCAGAUGGGAUCGCCAUUCUGUGUGUUUACAAGCAUGGCUCGAAGGCUUUAGCUCACGAGAGCAGAGACCAUGCUGCACCUGAGAUGGAAUGGCUUGGUCUUCGCAGUACAAAUCUGAGCUUAGCCGCGAGAGAUGUUCGCACAUCUCAAGGCCUGCUGACGCUGAGUUGUCGCGACCGAAAGAAGGCUGUCAAAAUGCUCGACGACAACCAUUCGCCAGGAGCAGAAUGUGUUGAGACAGCGAAGGAAUUGCAAACUAUGCUCAUGCUGAAUAUGAAAGCAGAGCUCCAGUUUUUGGAUGCUGUUCCUGGUGGAAUGACAGAUCUGCUCCAGUCUAUGUCAAACGAUGUCAGUUCGACUUGA